GUUCUAAAUUUUAAUCGCAAGCAAUUGAUUUGUAAACAAUAUAAAAUAAAAUAAAAAGUUGAUUAAGCAUUAAAGAAUAAGUUUUAAGAAUCACAAAUGGGUCGGACAAGAUCAAGAAGUAAAUCUCCAAGACGAAAACAUAAAAGUAAAAAACAUAAAACACGUCGAAGCCGUGAAUAUUCGAAUUCUAGAAGAUAUUCCUAUUCUUCAAGCAACAGUGACGAUUCAUUCAAUAAUCAUCAUCAUGGAAGAAAUAGAAAAUCACGUAAAACAGACGAAGUCGAAAGACUUACUGAAAUUGAAAGGAUAAGGAGAGCAAAAGAAGUAGAAGAACGAAUGAUUGAAGAAGCUUCUCAGAAAAGGAUUGAACUACUCAUAAAAAAGCGUGUAGAUAGCAUACUUGAAUCUAAAAAAGAGGAGAUUGAAAAAGAAAUAAAACAAAAAGUUGAAGCAGCAAAAAUUGAAAUGGAAGCUGAAUUGAUGAAAGAACUUGAAAAAAGACGACAAGAGCGUUAUAAUGAAGAAAAAAGAAGAGAGAAACGGAUUAGAGCAAAUCUUGGAAGAAACUUUUUAUUGUGUCCUUUAGCAGCUUGCUGGAAAAUUUUCAAGAUCACACUUGAUAUGUUUUUGUUAGGUUCAAUCCAAAAAUUGAUUAGCUUCAUAGAAACUGAAGAAGAGAAAAAAAAGCGUGAAGAAUUAGAAUACAUUCUCGCUGAAAAUAAUCGGAAAAUUGAAGAAGCUCAAAAGAAAUUGGCUGAAGAAAGAUUAUUAAUAAUCGAAGAGCAACGCAAAAUGGAUGAGCAAAGGCAAAAAAUGCGAAAAGAACAAGAGAAAAGGAUAAAAGAGGAACAGAAAAUUAUUCUUGGUAAGGGAAAUUCGCGUCCAAAACUAAGUUUCAGCAUUAAACCGGGAAUUUAAUAUUGCUCCGAGUAUUUUAUGGUGCAAUCUUCCAUAAAAUUUUAUCUAAAACUUUCUUUUUUUCCACCUGCAAUGUAAAGUUUUUUGCUCAAAAAUAACUUUUUGAAUGGACUUUAAAGAAUAUUUCAUUUUCAUUAUUUAAUAAACAAAUCAUUGCUCUGAAAAUUAAAUAUAAA